UGAUCUGAUUAAUAUGUUUAUCUCGCUAAUUAAUGUUAUGACGGUAGUAUUUAAGUUAAAUCUUAGUAAGAAAUGCCGAUGAUAGUAGUGGGUGAUAGCAUGUUGAGCAAACUUGUACUUCUAUUAGCCGUAGCGGGCUUCGCGGCUUCAACGACGAUUAGGGCCAACGUAGACUUUGUAGAAAAUGUAAGAGAAUAUGAGCAAAACCAAGGCCGCAUUGUGUCGGGCCACGACGCUGUCCUGGGGCAAAUCCCGUACCAGGCGCAUUUAAGAGCCAUCGACCAGUCCUUCAGAAUAUUGGGCUGUGGAGGUUCAGUUAUUCACGAAUCAUGGGUGAUCACAGCAGCUCAUUGUACAGCUAACUACCGUCAAAUUACGGUUCGUGCAGGUCUCAUUGAGAUGAACUCAGCAGAGUACAUAUCCGACUCAUGGGACUGGUACAACCACCCCACCUACAAUUCAGACAAUCCUGGAGCUGUGCAGCCUAAUGACGUCGCUCUUAUUAAACUAAACACUCCAAUUACAUUCAGCUCAAACGUUCAAAGGGUGAGGAUUCAACCGUCUACUGAGGCGUUCAAUGACUAUUCUGAAGAGAGACUGAUUGCUAGCGGAUGGGGAAGGACUUGGACCCAAGCUGCAGCAGCAACAACCCUACAAUGGACAUAUCUCCGCGGCGUUGACGACGCAUUGUGCCUAAGUCUUUUCACAAGCAGAAUUGUCAACUCUAACACUAUUUGCGCGCGUUGGUACAACGUCACCUCACAAUCUGUUUGCCAGGGUGACAGUGGUGGUCCCUUAGUACAAUACAAAGACGGUGUCCCAACCUUGGUGGGAGUCACUUCCUUCGUCGCUGGAGCUGCAUCUGGAGGUUGCCACUCUGGACAUCCUGGUGGUUUCAUUCGACCUGGUCCAUUCCUCUCCUGGUUCCAAGAGGUCACUGAUGUCGAUUUUGAAUCUUUGGAUGACUUAACUACCACACCACAACCAACUACCCCUGAGCCAACUCCAGAAACCACCCCCGAGCCAACUCCAGAACCCACCCCCGAGCCAACUCCAGAACCAACCCCCGAGCCUACGACAGCACCAACCCCCGAGCCUACACCUGAACCUGAAAAGCCAGAUGAAACUCCAGAGGAGGAGGAAGAAGACGAUGAUGAUGACGACGAUAUCUCCGAACUAUUGAAGAAGUUACAGGUCAAAGUGAGAGUUGAAGUCAACCUAAAGAAAUACAGGAAGGUUGCCGGAAAAACUAAGGAAAUCGAACACAUCAGAUACUUGCCGAUUGAAUAAUUUUAAUUCCAAAUAUGCGAUGUUUCUAACUAAAUAAACUAUUUAUCAGAAA